AUGGCAAAGGAGGAAUCAAAGUACGGAUUUAAGGAUAAGGCAAAGGCUGAGGAGUCGCUGGAGCUGCUCAAGGGUGAAGAUCACAAGUACCAGCUACUGACGGUGCGUGGCCUAAUCGGCAGGGCGAAACGUGUGCUCACAUUAACAAAAGCUGAGGAUAAAAUAAACAAUAUUAAGGCUGCCAUCGAAACAUUCGAACAGUGGCUUCAGGCAAACAGUAGUUCCAGCACCAAAAAUGCUAAACCGAAGGACACGGAUGAUAAGGUGGAAACCGUGCCAGGAUUGGGCUUUAAAGAUAAGCAAGCCGCAGAACAAACGUUAAGUAUCCUCGAGGGUCGUGAUCCCGAUUACCAGAAGCUAGCCGUUAAGGGUCUAAUCGGUAGUGCGAAGCGCGUGUUACCUGCCACCAAGAACGAGGAUAAGCUCAAAUCGAUCAAGCAGGCGGUCGCACUGUUCGAAGACUUUCUCGAUCGGUUCGAUCGCGAGGAGCGCGGAAAGGAAAACAUGCCCUAUCUUGCGAUCGAUUUGAUUCGUCAACUACCAACGCCGGACCAGCCGGAUAAGCUGGCCGUUGAAUUUCUCGAUUGCUACGAAACACUGGCCAAGGGCAACUACAAACAUCUGCGCACUAAGGCACCCAAAGAAGAUGGGUCGAAAACGUGGGACAUCGUACGUAACGCGAAACUGCGCGCACUGAAACCAGACAGCGGUGCGAAGCUGUUCGAUCAGGACGGUAAACCGACCGAGGCGCAUUUGAAGAUGAUCCAGUGGGCCUUCAGCCCGCAGGUAGAAAAGCUGAAAAGUUAUGUGAACAGUGCGGGGCGGAAAGAUAAAUCGUCCCAUUCGUCCAGUGCACGGAAACGAACGCACUCCUCUUCGACUUCUGAGGAAGAAAAGACUAGAAAAGAAAGCAAGAAAGAUAAUGGUCACAAGAAAUCGAAGAAAUAA